UCACCGACGUAGCGUUCUACCGGAAACCCCGCGCUCAAUUUCCAUUGCAAAGUUCGCUAUUAUGUUCCCCCCAGGCUGCACUUCUCAGCAGUGCCUGAACGAAGGCGUCUGAGCAGCACGGACCGACAUGGCCGCCUGAGCUGUGUUUCCACAAAAGUGUGUUCCCUUUUGUGCGACUAAACUUGGGAAUCUAUCAAGUGCUGCAAAAGUUUUGGAGUUUUCGCGUUUUUAGGGGGAUAUAGCAGACAAGUAAAAGUUUACAAAAUGCAGCCUCCACCGAGAAAGGUGAAAGUCACUCAGGAGCUGAAGCACAUUCACUCAGAGCAGAUGAGUCGACUGCACGUGAAGCACCAGGCUGAUUGUGACUUACUGGAAGACCUGAGGACCUACAGUCAGAAGAAGGCAGUAUUGGAGAAGGACUAUGCUCAGGCUCUGCACAAACUGGCCUCCCAGUACCUGAAGAAAGACUGGCCCACACAACAGACAGACGGUGAAGGGCCCAGGCACAUCUGCACGGUGUGGAAAGCCUACCUGGAGGCCAUGGUGCAAGUGACCCAGAGCCGCAUUACUGACUGUGACGGCUACCGAACUAGCGUCUGUGAACCAAUCAAAACCUUCAGACUGCACAAGGACCAACAGCUGAAGAAGUGUGUGGAGCAGCUGUCGCGUAUCCAGACGGAGCUGCAGGAGACGGCCAAGGAGCUGAGCAAGAGCCGCAAGAGGUACCAGGAGACGGAGCUCAUGGCCCAGGCCGUCAGGGAGAAGGCCGACAUCGAGGCCAGGUCCAAGCUCAGCCUGUUCCAGUCCAGGUCUAGUUUAAAGCGUGCCAGUGUAAAGUUGAAGGCCAAGAGGAACGAGUGUAACUCUAAAGCGACGGACGCCCGCAACGACUAUCUGCUAAUGCUAGCGGCAGCUAACGCCCAUCAGGAGCGCUACUACGGCACUGACCUCAUCAACUGCAUCAACGUGUUGGACGGCAACAUACAUGAUCACAUCAUGAGUUACCUGCUGUCCCUCUGUAAGACGGAGCUCAACACCUCACAGACGCUACACAACACCUUCAGCGCCCUGCUAGAGAACUCCAACCAGGUAACACAGGACUUCCACCAGCGCCUCUUCAUCCAAGACAACAGUGUGUUUCAGAAGGCCCCGCCCCUCCAGUUCCAGCCCUGUGACAGUGACUCGGUGAGGCAGCUGCAGAAGGAGACGGGUACGAGUGAGGAGCACAGCUUGAACAAGGAGGCUCGCAAGUGGGCCACACGGGUGGCACGCGAACACAAGAGCAUCAUCCAGAACCAACGGGGACUGGCGGAGUGCGAGAGUGCAGGUUCGUCCAGUGAGCAAAAUGCCAACGAACUGGAGCUGAAAAUAGAAGAGGCAAAAGAGAACAUAAGGACAGCUGAGACGGUGAAGCUGAAGGCUGAGGCUCGUCUGGAGCUGCUGAGGGAGGUGGGCGUUACCGUGGACACCUGGCUGAAGAGCGCCAUGAACCAGGUGAUGGAGGAACUGGAGAACGAGCGCUGGGCCACACUCAAUACCCACGAUGCAUCACUCGCCGGCACAGGUGAUUUGGAGCAUGAGGAUGAGGAGGAUGUGGAGGAUGUGGAGGCUCUAGAUGACAGCAGCUCUAGUCCCUCAAGCACACUGAGGAGCUACCCCCUCACCUGCAAGGUCCUGUACUCAUACCAGGCGUCCCAGCCAGACGAGCUGACCAUCGAGGAGCAGGAGAUGCUGGAGGUCAUUGAUGACGGGGACAUGGAGGACUGGGUUAAGGCCAGAAACCGUGCAGGCCAGGUGGGCUAUGUCCCGGAGAAGUACCUGCAGCUGCCAUCCUCCAACACGCUGAUGAGCAUGCUGCAGUCGCUGGCGGCGCUGGAGACGCGCUCGCUGGACGCCCGCUCACACUCCUCCGCCAACUCCACCGAGCAGGAGGCCGACACCAGCAGCAUCCUCAGCAGCAGCCUCAGCCUCAGCCUCAGCCUGCCCAACGGGGACGCCAGCGUCACCUUUGCCAAGGCACUGUAUGACUACGAGGGCCAGACUCCGGACGAGCUGUCCUUCCCCGAGGGGGCGGUGAUCCGCAUCUUGGGCCGCAAUGAGGACGACGGCUUCUGGGAGGGCGAGUUCAACGGCCGGCUGGGAGUCUUCCCUGCAGUGCUGGUGGAGGACCUGACUACUACCACCACAACUACUACUACUACUGCUGCUGCUGCUGCUGCUGCAGCCUCCUCCAACGCCUCAGAGAACGGAGAUACGCCACUCUGGGGAGCUGAUGUGCAGGGUUCGCCAUCUUUUCAGAGCCCCCUUCCUUCCUCCCCCCCAGUGGCCCAGAGCAGCCCGCUGUCCCUCAGCCCCCUCUCCAGCCCUCACCUGCCCCCGGCUCCAGCCCCUCUCCCCCCAGGCUCUCCUGCCGCUGCCGCCCCCUCACCGUCCUCUAACUACCCAGGGCCUCCACCUCCACCCCCCCCCACCACCACCACCAGCACCCCUGUAACCCCCAUCACCCCUGCUGCUGCUGCUGCGCCCCCCUGCCCGCCGCCCCCCAGCGCCAGCUCUGUUAACGGCUACCACCGGCCACCCCCUCCACCCAUGAAGACUGCUGGACAUGGUCAUUCCCACGGCUCUACCCCUCCCCCCAAAUACCCGACAGACGGAGUGUCAGGAUCCUUCAGACCACAUGACGAAGAUGGAGGAGGAGGAGGAGCAGAAGGGAUCUCACGCUGGCGUGUGGAGAAGGAUGGAGAAGGAGGCUAG